AUGCUUGCCGACAAUAAUCUAAAUGGCUCAGCUCGACCAUUCCCGGCUGAAAGCGGUGAUACGAGCGCUAUCGACGCCAUCCUGCGGUGCGCCGCAUAUCUGUCUCACAGUCGGACCAAGAAUAUCUUGGAAUUGCCGAGGGAUAUUGGUCAUGACGGCUUUGUGCAGCAGUGCGGAACUCAAUUACUACAGCUCCGCGAUCGAGUCCCCGUGUUUGGGACUCUUAGUCCAGGCCAAGUACCUCUCCUCACCAAUGGGUUGGAUCAUCUCAAGGUGUUUGAGAAGUUCAUUCGAGAUAACACGCCUCGAGACUCUUUUCAGAGAAUACCUCGAAACUUGACAGUUCUGAACUUGUCUAUGUGCGACCAAGGCGAUGCAAAGGUUGUGAUGGAUACUCUAAUCGACUUCCGAAGACACAACCCUGAUGCAAGAAUUUCAAUCGUCGUAUCGAAAUUGGGGCCAACAGCAUAUCUCGGCACACUAGAGUAUCAGCUAUACGUAGAGCGUCUUGAAGAAAACAAUAUCCACGUCGACAUGUUUACUGGUGUUGAAGGUCCAACACGCCAAGUCGUCCACGCUAAAGCGAUAGUAAUUGAUGACCGAACCCUUUUCGGUACGGGAGCUAUCGUUGAUACCAAACCCAUUGACAAAGCCGACUUCUCCAUUGAGCUCCCAUGUACAGCCUCCAAGGCCUUCCAAGCGUAUAUGCAAGAUGCAGUCCUUGGCGGUGCAAGCGAUGAACAACGAGCGAAGCUUGCAGCGAGAUUAGAUAUUCUCGGUGUAUUAAUCAACGACCCCAUAGCCAGUCUGACCUAUAUUAGUCGUGCACAACACACAUUACUUCGUGGUGCGCGUCACGAUCUGCUAGUUAGCGUGUCAGAACUCGUUGACACCAAAAUCACCAAGCUUCUUAUCCGACGCGCAGCAAACGGCGUGACAGUCAUGAUUCAGGUCCGCGAGAUAGAUAAUGUCUCAUCCAAGAUUCUCACACAAGCGAUGCGACGCUAUGGGAAGCGUAUAUCAGUUGAGGAUGUUAGCUGUUGGGAACCGAGACCACAUUAUAACGCUAUAAUUGCAGACGGAAGUCUGGCCUAUUUGGGGACGUCAUACUUUUGGCCGACGCAGAGGAAUAUGAUCCAUCAGGGCAGAUCGCUUGAGAAUGGUGUUUUACUGGAGGGUGAUGCUGCGAGAGCGUUGAGUGGGCAUUUGGAUGAAUUGAGAAACCGGGUUUAUGAACAGAGGGAUUCGGGCUGUAGUUGA